GAGCCGGCCCCCGCCGCCCAGCAGGCCGUCUCCGUCCAGGUGUUCUACUUCACCCUCUGCCCCCACUGCCAGGACUUCCUGCGGGCGGGGCUGCUCCCGCUGGUCGAGGCGGGCCUCCCCGGGGUGCAGGUGUCGGCGCUGCCGAUGUACCCGCCCAUGUCGGACGGGGCUAGCGCCCCGCCGGACGGCUGCCUCGCCGACGCGGCGUGCAGCCUGGCGCUGGCGCCGCUGUGCGCGCUGUCCGCCGAGCUGGCGCAGCCAGCGCCCGCGAGCGACCCGCACCUCUUGAGCGGGAUCCGCUUCGCCGCGUGCGACAUGGACACGACCGCCGCGGGGGCGCUGCGGAGCGGCGCCGUGGCGGAGGAGUGCGCAAGGCAGGCCAAUCUGACGUGGAGCGGCGCGGGCGGGGUGCAGGCCUGCGCCAGGGGCGCGCGGGCCUUCGAGCUCCUGGGCGCUGCCGGCUCCACGCUGGAGGAGGCGAUGUACCACCUCCACGACGACAUCGGCAUGCAGGCGCCGCCGAGCAUGCCCUGGGUGCUCGUCGACGGGGACCUGUACUACUGGGAGGACGGCGUGUGCCUGGAGAAAACCGUGCCCGGGGGAGAGCGAACCCCGGUCGAGCCCCCGGCGUCGCUCCUGCGCGUCGUCUGCGGCAGGCUGGGCUCGGCCGCGCCGGCGUGCGGGGCCGCCGCGGACCCGCCGGCGGCGACGGGGCCGGCGCAGACGCGCUCGGCCGAGAAGUGCGAGAACUGCGCGGAGGUCGGCGCCUUCCGCUGGGGCGACUCGUGGGCUCGACCCCGAGGCUCCCAGCAGCUGCGAGCGCCCCUGGGCCUCUCGAUCGCCCUGGCCUGUGCCGCGCUGCUGGCAGGCGCCGCGUGGCGAUGGCUGCGAGCACGGCCCGUGCCGGAGCUCUCUGGCAGUGCUCUGCUCGCUGCGGAGUAG